GAUGACAACAACAAUCGUCGCUCUUCAAAAUGCCAUAUCACAUCGGGUCUCCGGGGGCUUUGAGAGAUAAACCUAAAAUAUAGCGAGAACGACGACAUAACCCCUUGCGUAGUACAGCAUGAUAUCGUCACGCAUGCGUUUCCCCAGCGAAAGCGAUCAGGGCUCAAGCGAUUGAUCUUACGGCUACCCCCCGGUUUCUUCAAUUCUCCCAGAAGAUCCUGUCCCAAGAUGGCGGAGCCGCCUUAUACUACCUUCACCAAAUGGCAAAAGCUGUCGCUCGUCGUCGUUGCAUCUCUCUCAGCCUCCUUCAGUGGCUUUGCAUCUAAUAUAUAUUUCCCUGCUAUUCCAGUCAUGGCUACCUCCCUUGGCACCUCUAUUGAAAACAUUAAUUUGACGGUGACGACGUAUAUGAUCUUCCAAGCUAUCACUCCGACAUUUUGGGGUGCCAUUUCUGACGCUUAUGGCAGACGACUGGUCCUCAUAUCCACACUUACGGUAUUCUUCUCUGCUUGCAUUGGCCUUGCGUUAGUCAAGCACUAUUACCAGCUUGUCAUCCUGCGGUGUUUGCAAAGUACCGGAAGCGCAAGUACCAUUGCAAUCGGCUCAGGCAUCAUUGGAGAUGUGGCAGACAGGAAAGAGCGGGGAAGCUAUAUGGGCUUCUUUCAAACAGGUCUUCUACUUCCAUUAGCUAUUGGACCUGUUUUAGGCGGUAUUUUUGCUCAAACAUUAGGCUGGUGGGCCAUCUUUUGGUUUUUUGUCAUUUACGCAGGGAUAUUCCUUCUAAUUCUGGCACUAUUUCUGCCGGAAACUUUGAGGCGUAUAGUAGGCAACGGUGCUAUCUACCCUCCUGCUCGAUCACGAACGCCUUUGGAGCAUUUCCUAGCUUCGAGGGACAAAACCCUACCCCCUAUAACUUCAGCAACACCCAUACGACCGGACUGGAUAGCCCCUUUGCGCAUUCUCUUUGUACCUGACGUUUUUUUAACGCUUUCCUUUCUCUCUCUACAUUACGCAACAUGGCAGAUGGCGAUUACAGCCCAAUCUUCUCUGUUCAAGAGCAUUUACAACCUGAACGAAAUUGAGAUUGGUCUUACUUUUAUCGCCAACGGCUUUGGCUGUAUGCUCGGUACUCUUUCAAUUGGUCGGUUCCUCGACUAUGACUACCAGCAUUUCAAGAAAAAGUUUUCCGGACCUACAUCAGACUUCCCCAUUGAGCAAGCCCGGCUUCGUACUGUCUGGUUCUGGUCUCCGUUCCAGUGCGCCGCAGUCCUAUGGUUUGGCUGGACGUUGGAUCAAAAGGUACACAUGGCGUCCCCUAUUGUCGCAUCUUUUGUCCUAGCAUGGGCAGCGAUGUCCAUCCAAGCCGUUAUUAGUACCUUUAUCGUCGACAUAUUCCCCAAAUCAAGCGCAUCUGCUACAGCCGCUCUCAACCUCGCCAGAUGUCUGAUGGGUGCCGGUGCAACAGCUUCGGUAGAACCGUCGAUCAAUACUUUGGGUGUUGGUUUCACAUUUACACUAUGGGCAUGUCUAAUGGCAUUGUCGUUGGCGUUUGUUGGAGUACAAAUGCGCUUUGGCCCAGCAUGGCGGAAGAGAAGAGAAAAAAGACUUGAAGAAGGGGAGAAGGGCUAGGUAUCCCGGCCGUCAUUACAUAGAAUCAACGGUCAGAACGACCAACAACGAUGCGCUUGAUCGCAAGCUGUAUACCAUCUCAGCAGCUCAAUCGGGCACGACCGCGAGCGAAGUGAAGCUGGCAUGAUUUAACUGAUCGUAUCAUAGGGUCCUCAUGAUGCCCAAGGAGGACAUUGCAGCUGUCAGAGGUUGUCGCUCAGGGAUUAGAAGGAGGGGAUGUUUGAAGAUUUCCAGGACAUACCGCGCCUAUAUAUCAAUAUUGACUUUCAUACGUUUAUACUUCAACACCUGAAGACAACCAAGAGAUAAUAUGACCAAAGUAUUCUUGGUCCAACUUAAGCUGCGCAAGCGGGGACGAUAGAAGAAGAUCGCCCUAAAUACCUUCUCCACAACUCCUGAGUAACCCUUUUCCUUUCACCAGCGGCGCCUUGCUCUCCGCUCAUCAAGCUCUUGUUUUCAAAUGCCCUCCUACCGAGGAAAGGCAUGACUUCCUCGAGCUUGCCAUAGGCGAUGUACUUGAAAGCGACGGGCUGACCGUCGUUAACGAAUCUAGCAGCGUUGCGAUCUGUAAGGUCGUCCUUCAUGCCGUACAGCUGCGCUAUCCUGACUCUACCUCUCACGUCCUUCUUCAAUCUCAUCAACCCACUGGAUCCCUUUUCAGCCAAGCCGUUUUUAAGCAGAUUCUCACAGAUGAUAUCACAAGAUUCGGGGUUGUGAGUACCGAAAAUGACGCUUAGCGCUCGUUCGGGGUGAAAAGAUUUGAGUUGAUCAGAGAGGGUGGUGAGGAUGGUGGAGAUGGAACCGUCGUAAGAGACAUCGGUGACAGGCUUGUUGGGCCAGAUGGGGUCCGCACCCAGGCGAUCUUCAUCAAGCCAUUUCUUGCGUUCUUGGAGGUGAUAGGCACCACGGACGAGUUUGAGACCGAGAGCGUAAACCGUUGGCCUCUGCAUGUUGGAUUGCGUGCAUGAGGUGGGUUGGUUGACGACGUAGGUAUGACUGGUAGGUCCCGCUAAAACAGCGAGGUCAAUUUAGCUUUCGAAAAUGACCAAGGAUGGGAAAUUCACUAGAUAAGAGGGCCAUUCCACUUCUCACUCUUUGACUUUGGAGGCUUAUUGAAUACUUCAGACAAGAGGAGAGUGUAGCCAUCCAAGGCUGGCUGGUACCAUGUGUGCUCGGCAUCAAUGAUGAGCACAACGCUUCAAGAGGUCAGAUAUUACCCAAAAAGUGGAAACCUGGAAGUACCUACUCGUUCUCUUUAGCUUUUUCCCCAAUCUUCCUUAAAUUGUACCAAAGGUCGCUAAGUACUUCUAGAUCAUCUUCUUUCAACCCUGGAUCAGUCUCCAAUACUCCGAUAUCAUCCCAUUUAUCCUUCAAAGCGAACAGUUCUCUUGGAUCGCCGAAAUUGAGGUCUUGUGUACGAGCAAGGACUUGACAGUCGAGAGAUUCGGGGGUACAUGGGUAAGGUACAAAAAGAGGGGUGUUUGGGGCGUUAGUGGAGCUGGAUUCGGCCAGGGAUCGUAGACGAAGCAAAGUGUAAGAGGCCCGCUCAAGGACAUUGGGGUCAACGAUACCGGUCUGAAAGAGCAUUAUCCGUCCACUCUUGUUCAUCGAAAGAAACAUCUUGAAAACUCACAACCUUGAGAGCGAAGCCGGUGGCACCUCUUUGUUCGACAGGCAGACUUCUUUCAUAUUCUCCACUCUUUUCCAAUGCCAUCAUGACUUGCUCUAGCCUGUGCUUCCUUUCUCUCUGGCGCCUUGCCUCCUUUCCAUAAGUAUUAUCGUCUUGUAACCGAGAUUCAUCAACUUCAGCAGAGUAGUUUAACAUUGCCCCUAUCCCCCUAGUGCGCAGGGCUUUCAAAGACGAAAUGCAGUCUUCCACAGUCUCACCUGGAACAAAUUGCUCGAAGAAAGUGUUCCGGACGAACCAUUCUGUGGGCAGGCGCAAAGGAGAAUUAAUAAGGAUGGAUAAUAUCUUUGGAGAGUAGUCGACGACGCCUGGGAAGGAAAUGAGCGAGUAAACUAGCCAUGUUCGAAGAAGCUGGGCUGUAGAUGCGAUUUGAAGGGAAGAGGAGCCAGCACCAGGAAAUGGUUCGGUCUCAGCUGAGAGCGUGGGAACAAGAAGAAAACCGGCCGGGAGAAAUGCGAGAGGGUAGAGAUAACGACGACGGAAGCGGCGGGAGCUAAAACCAGAGCUAGGGCCCGAUUCAGAGCCAGAAUCAGAAGAAAUGGAGGAAGAAGUGGUGGUGGAAUAUACACAACAACUAUCAUAACCAGUCCCAAGUGAAGGUAUCCAAGCUGGUCUGAACUGUCUUCUAAAACGGACAGGUUGUGUGGAUGGGAUCACGAAGCGGGAAGCACGCAUGUUGAGGGAGGCUUGGUUGACGAUGAUCUGACAGAUCAUGAUUCACAUUUCUUCACUAUAUUUAUAUAUGCCAAGCACGCAGCUGUGCGUAAUUCACACAGAUAAUAAGGCAAACUCUAAUCCAAGGCGGCCUCUGCCAAAAUUGACUAGUGGACGAAUCCGCUUUAUCACCGUGGUCAGUUCACGGCAUUGAAAGCUCCCUCGGACGGAGUUCGAAGAGGGAAGGCUGCCUCUUCUAGCUUCCCAGGAUCCAGGCACAUGCCGCCCGCUGCUAUCUCGUGAUGGCAGUAUCUUAUCGCGGUAUUAGAAGAAAAAGCCGAGUGUGGCGGUUUUAAUUUUCGGAACAGCCGACGUGUAUCGUGCAGGGUGCGCAGUAAUUGUUCCGUCACUAACGAAGGAAUUGUCACGAACGACCGAUCGAUCAUUUAUAUCUUGACAUGAUUUUCGUCAGUCCUAAGCGCCAUCUGAGGACUGAUUCCGGAGUCGCAAGAACCAUGUGGCAAGGUACAGGAUAUGUGCUGUCAACAUGAUAUGUGGGCAGUAGUGUAUGUAAGACUUACUCGUUAAUAACUGAAUAAAGAGAAGAAGAGAGAGCCGUGUUGCAAGCACUACGUAAAAAGAUUCAUUUAUGUCUCUGUACGAUGACACUAUCGGAAGAUCAGCUGUAUCCCAUUCUCUUACCAACUGUGGCUACUGUUAUCAAGGAGAUGUUUGACUCGCCUUUUCAAAACCAAAUGUGCGACUGCGUGAACCUUAGGAAUGCCCCAUUACUAUAGAUAAUAUACACCAAAACCCAUCAUAUACCAAGUCCAUUCCCCAAGGUGUCGCUCCAUUCAAACAAAAAAUUACUGGUACGAUAUAAUACCAGCAUCAUGAUGCCGCAACUUCUGUAAUAGCUGUAAUUAUGCAUUG